AUGGUUCAUGCCCUUUGCAGUAUCAGGAUCCUACUCAAGAAUGGUGUUCAGCAUAUGGAUGAGCUUGUUGGUGAGGACGGUCACACCCUAAGUGUAGAGGAACCUAGGGAACGUGCUGUGUUUGAAAGGUUGAUGCAGAUGGUACCAGGGUUGGACACUCGUCUCCAAGAGAGCUCUAGCAAGGAGAGAGGAAUGAUAGCUGACUUUAUUCAGCAAGGCUCGUCUGGGGCUCAAUCUGAUGAUACAAAAAGCCUCAAAGGGUUGAUCCUUAACUGGGUCACACCUCCAAAUUGGUUGUCCAAGGAGAUCAAUGGAUAUAGCUACAACUUGGAAAACCCUUGGAAUGGAGCCUUUUGCAGCUCACUUUUGGUUUCGGCAUACAAACAUAAUUUCACAUCUCCCAGUUCAGUCGACAAAGGGGAGUCAAAGGCGACUCGGUCGAGCAACGCGCAGAUCCAUGAGAUGGUUAUGGUGACUCCUGCCUCUAUAGCUUAUGUGGCUACCCAAGUUAAAUUUGCAUUAUGCUCAUCUCCAAUAUUUACAAAAAGCAGUAAAGUGACUGACUCUGAGAGUUUCUAUAACUCAGUUCUUGAUGUGUUCGAUGAUCCAGAUGAGGCUCAAGAGCUAAACGACCUCCUCACAUGGUGGAAUUUGUUUGAUCUAGAUAAGAUAUUGGGCUCAGAACUUGUAGAUGAGUCUGAGGAUAUAUUUAAGUAA